UUACAAGAGUUUGGAUGCAGCAGAACAUUUAUGCAGCCUUAAAAAAUGGCUGUUGUUGAAUCAAUGCUGAAUUUUUCCAGCACAGGUGCAUUACUGGGUGCUUUUCUUUUGUUAAUGGUUUUAUAUCGACUUACCUGUGACUCCAGAUCUCAGAAAGAGGGGGAAAUCGAGCCACCGGGACCCAAACCUCUGCCACUGUUGGGGAACCUGCUGAGUCUUGACCUCACGAGACCCUUUGACAGCCUUUGUGAGCUGUCCAGAACCUAUGGGAAUGUUUACCAAGUGUUUUUGGGUCCUAAAAAAGUUGUGGUACUAGUUGGACAUAAAACCGUUAAAGAAGCACUUGUGAACUAUGCAGAUGAGUUUGGGGAGCGAGAUAUUACGCCUGGUUUCAGGAUAGUUAACGACGGCCAUGGAAUCCUCUUUUCCAAUGGAGAGAACUGGAAAGAGAUGCGACGAUUCGCUCUCAGCAAUCUGCGGGACUUUGGGAUGGGCAAGAGAGGAAGUGAAGACAAAAUCAUAGAGGAAAUUCAGUAUCUGAAAGGAGAGUUUGAUAAGUUUAAAGGGAAAGCCUUCGACACAACACAGCCUGUGAACUACGCUGUGUCAAAUAUCAUCUCAUCUAUUGUGUACGGCAGCAGAUUUGAAUACACGGACCCUCGAUUCACAGAAAUGGUUGACAGGGCAAAUAAAAACAUUCGGAUUAGUGGAUCGGCUUCUAUGAUGCUUUACAAUACAUUUCCGUGGUUGGGUCCGUUCCUCAACAGCAAAAGGAUUAUUGUAAGAAAUGUGCUGAAAAAUAAAGCAGAAAUGACGAAGUUGAUCAAUGAGCUGCUGGAGACUCUGAAUCCACAGGACCGCAGAGGGCUUGUCGACUCCUUUCUCAUCCGCAAACAGAGCGAUGAGCAAUCUGGCAUGAAGGAUUCGCAUUUUCACCAGGAGAAUCUUCUUGCGAUGGUAGGAAAUCUGUUUGCUGCUGGUACUGACACGACAGGAACGACUCUGCGCUGGGGUUUGAUGCUCAUGGCCAAAUACCCUCAUAUACAGGAUCGAGUUCAGGACGAGAUUGACGGAGUGAUCGGUGGACGUCAGCCAGUGGUGGACGACAGAAAGAAAUUACCAUAUACAGAUGCUGUGAUUCAUGAAACUCAGAGAUUGGCCAACAUAGUGCCCAUGAAUCUCCCUCAUAAGACCAGCUGUGACGUUCACUUCAAUGGAUACUUCAUCAAAAAGGGUACUCCUGUCAUUCCUCUGCUGACAUCUGUUCUGAAGGAUCCAAAUGAAUGGGAGAAACCGAACAGCUUUUACCCAGAACACUUCCUAGAUGAGAAGGGCCAGUUUGUCAAGAGAGAUGCUUUCAUGCCCUUUUCUUCAGGCCGAAGGGUUUGUUUGGGAGAGAGUUUGGCCAGGAUGGAGCUCUUCCUGUUCUUUACUUCCCUCCUUCAGAGCUACCGCUUCACAACUCCACCUGGAGUGUCUGGAGAUGAUCUGGAUCUCAAAGGAAUAGUGGGAAUCACAUUGAAUCCGUCCCCACACAAGCUGUGUGCAAUCAGACGCCCCUGAUACUGGAUGAUCAAAACAGAAACAAUGUAUUUUACUGGCAUUUAUUCAGAAUAAAUUCACAAAAUGUAAAUAUGUGAAUAACUCACAAACCUUCCGCAAAAUCACUUCUGACUUUUUUAUUGCAUAAAACUAAAAAAAAAAAAAAAAAAAAUGUAAUGUUACAUUUUGUAGUAAAAAAAUGUAAUAAAAAAUGUAUGUUGUUUUCUCACAAAAAUGAACCUCCUUUAAUAAAAUAACAUAAGAGGCACAACUAUGUAAGACAAGAUUCGAAAAAAUGUAAGUGAAAUAAAAAAGGAUAAACUUCAAGAUAUAUCUUCUGAAAGUAAACUUUUUGCUUAAUAUAAUUUUGUUUCUCACUUAUAUUCUCAUCUAUGCAGAAAAUUGUAAUUGUGACAUUUACUAACUAAGCCAUGCUAACCAGCAUACAGCGUCCAUUUACUGGUGGAUAAAUAUUUAGUUAAUUGUUUCGGAUUUGCUGGAACAAAACAAAAUGUUUUGCAAGAUAAAUGCUCUGUUAAUCUUUGCGAUUUGCCAUAUCUUAGGCUAUUAUUGCACAUUAAUGAAAACAUAUUUGAUGUACAAAAGCCUUGUCAAUGCUUCUUUUUUCUUAACUUGUCAGUUUAAUAAAAACGCAUUUUAGUACAA